GGAGAAGGCCCCCGGCAUGGCGGCCGGCGCCGCGCUGGCCACCCUGGAGAAGGGAGUGCUGUUCCCCGUGGUGCACGUCUGCGACGGCGGUGCGCUCUUCCAGAGAUACUUGGACUCCGGACACCUCCUCGGCGAGGACGCCCUGGGCCCCGACUACGUCCUAUAUCAAGGGUCCUACCAGGAGGUGCGCUGCAUCGCCCCUGAGGGCGCCGAAAUCUCGGCGCCGCCCUUCGACUUGCCUGGACCGCCCAGGGACUACCUGCUGCUGGGGUUCAAGUCCGUGGAGGAGAGCUUCAGCCAGGUGCUGGAGGAGACCUGGAAGGACUGGACCGGCGCGAGGCACAUCUACCUGUUCCUGCCGGACAUCCUCGGCCUGGAGCGAAUCUCACUGUACCGGCGGGUGGAGCCCGAACACAUGCAGCUCUUCAAGUACCUGGUGCUGGCCAGGCUGGGGCCCACGCCGGGCGGCACGCCGGGCGCCGAGGACGGGCAGGCCGCCAAAGCGCAGGAUUUGCUGCUGGACUACGCGCAGAGGCUCAGAGUGCACCGGAUCAGUGCGUACCUCUCCGUGUACCGGUCCCUGCCGAAAAAGGGGGAACCCGGCUGGACGCCCUGAGCGACGUUUCUAAUUUAUAAAAUAAACUCGUAACUGAGGUCUACUGGGUCGGCAAGCAGCCCAAUAACGGGUCAAGUUCUUGCUGCAUGAUGCAGGAUAUUCCAAUAGUUCCUUGAAAAACUUGAAAUUAACUUUCCUGCUGAUUAUGCUGCUAUGGAAUCUAAUCUUGAAAGGCAACUGAAUGAGAUACAUUAGAUAGGUUUCACUCCAUGUGUUGUUAUUUAUGCUUUUCCUAAUCUAGUCUCAUGUAAGGUAUUUGUUACAAAAUAGUUAAUAAUGGUUAUUAAAGAAGGAUCUUUUCAAAUG